AUGGCCAAGGCAGGUUUAAUUCAUGUUCUUCUGUGCCCAUUAUUGCUUGUAGCUCUUCUGCAGAGCUGCCAUGGCCAGGAAAGACAGGUCCACAUUGUCUACAUGGGAGAACUGCCUCGGGGAGAUUUUUCUGGUGCAUCAGCGCACCAUUCCAUGCUAGAAGAAGUACUCGGAAGUACUUCAUCUGCCAAAGAGUCACUAAUCUACAGUUAUGGGAAGAGUUUUAACGGGUUUGCCGCUAAAUUAACUGAUGAUGAAGUUGCAAAGUUGUCAGAAAUGGAAGGUGUAAUUUCAGUUUUUCCAGACCGUAAACUAAAGCUUCACACUACAAGGUCAUGGGACUUCAUGGGUGUCACAGAGCCCAGACGCGGAAGCCCUCAAGAAGGAGAUGUCAUUAUUGGGCUCCUAGACACAGGAAUCUGGCCAGAAUCUGAGAGCUUCAGUGAUGAAGGACUCAGCCCUCCACCCAGUAAAUGGAAGGGUGAGUGCCAAGGUGCCAACUUCACCUGCAACAACAAGAUCAUUGGAGCACGUUACUACAACAGUGACAACUCCGACGACGACACUGACUUUAAAUCUCCAAGGGACUCUGAGGGUCAUGGAACCCAUACUUCCUCAACCGCUGCAGGAAGGGAGGUAGUUGGAGCGAGCUACUUUGGGCUAGCCGAAGGAACUGCAACAGGUGGAGUUCCUGGCGCAAGGAUUGCCGUGUAUAAAGUUUGCUGGUCAUUCGGAUGUUCUUCGGCAGAUAUCCUGGCAGCAUUUGAUGAUGCAAUAGCAGAUGGAGUUGACGUUAUUUCAGUGUCCCUUGGUUCUGACUUUCCCGGGCAAUAUUUUGAAGACCCAAUUGCUAUUGGAUCUUUCCACGCCAUGAGAAAAGGCAUUUUGACCUCAGCUUCUGCUGGAAACUCAGGGCCUUUUCCGUCAACUGUCAGCAAUUUCGCACCUUGGAUACAAACUGUUGCUGCCAGCACCAUUGACCGAAAAUUUGUUGCCCAAGUUGCGCUUGGCAACGGACAAGUCUACACGGGCGUCUCCGUUAAUAGUUUUGAUCUCAAUGGAAAAUCAUUUCCCUUGAUUUGGGGCGGAGGUGCUGUAAAUUACUCUGCAGGAGCUGAUACAACAAUUUCGAAAUUUUGCUUUCCUGGUGCACUAAAUUCACACAAAGUUCAAGGAAAAAUCGUCUUAUGUGAAACUAUCGACGGUAUCCGCGGCAUUUUCAUAGCCAGCACCGGCGUUUCAAUUGCCAAUGGUGUGGGAACCAUUAUGGCUGCAGACUCAUCCAUCAAUGAUUUUGCCUUUAGUUACUCAUUCCCAGCAACAGUAAUCAGCACAGAAGAUGGCCUCAAAGUUUUGGACUACAUCAAAUCAACAGAAAACCCAAUCGCAACUAUUUUAGUCGGCGAGACAUGGAAGGACGUCAUGGCACCUUAUGUUGUAUCGUUUUCUUCCAGAGGACCAAACCCCAUCACCCCAGACAUUCUCAAGCCGGAUCUGACCGCCCCUGGAGUGGACAUUCUUGCUGCUUGGUCUCCCGUGGCACCACCUUCCAUCGACUCUGAGGACACCAGGAGUGUCAAAUUCAACGUAAUUUCUGGCACAUCCAUGUCUUGCCCCCACGCUAGUGGUGCAGCUGCUUAUGUUAAGGCUGUCCAUCCAAACUGGUCCCCUGCCGCCAUUAAAUCUGCCCUCAUGACCACAGCUUUCGUCGUGGACCCAAAGAAGCAUGAAGACCUUGAAUUCGCCUAUGGAUCAGGUCAUAUCAACCCAUUGAAAGCCAUAGACCCGGGGCUCAUCUAUGAUGCAUCUGAGGCAGACUACAUUGACUUCCUCUGUAAGCAGGGCUACAAUACCACCACGCUAAAACUCAUCACAGGAGACAACAGCAGUUUCUGCACCACCACAGUACCUGGAAGAGCUUGGAGCCUCAAUUAUCCCUCAUUCUCCAUAGCCGUGGAAGAUGGUUUGCCAAUUAGAGCUGUGUUUAGUAGAACAGUCACCAACGUUGGCCCGCCAAACUCGACCUACACUCUCAGUUGGUCCAUGCCUUCCUCUCUUACCGUUAGAGUGGAACCAUCUGUCCUGUCAUUCUCUGCCACUGGAGAGAAAAAGUCGUUUACUGUGGCGGUCUAUGGCCCAAAUAUUGAACAGCAGCCGAUCACAUCAGGGACAAUUACGUGGACUUAUGGGGUUUUUGAGGUGAGAAGCCCACUUGUGGUUUACACAAUUCUCCCUGGUUCUUCAUUCUCCUUCUCCACGUCUCAGAAUAAACCAAAUUUCAAAGGUUCCUCCAUGUUUCACAAUAAUGGGAUACUUGGCGGCCACAAGUAAAUUGCUCCCGGGUUCUGUAUUCUCCUCCACAUCUAAAACAAAGCCAUAUUUCAAAGGUUCCUCCAUGUAUAAGAAUGGAUACUUGGCCACAAAUAAUUGAACCUAUAUAAUCUUUAAUUUAGCAUUGGUUAGCAUUUAAGAUGGCUUUUCAGCUUUGUAUUGCCUUCACAAGAUUGAGAUGAUGGUCGAAUAA